GAUGUCAUGGCGUCUUUGGAGGCGAAGCAGGAGCUGCAAUCUAGAUAAAGAGUAGCAUCAGUGGGGUACGAAAUGGAGAAAAAUGCAAACCUGCAUCGAGAUCUUGGGGGAGGUGCUCUAUGCUCCACAAUAAGCGGGGGAUCGGGCGGAUUAAAGGCUACAGAAGGAGUGAAAGGAGCUACCGAUAGCAGCAAGAACAGUGAGCCCUCAGCGCUGAGCACUUUGGUCAGUAGUAGCGCCAGUAGUCCCUUAUCAGCAAGCACUGCCAAUGCUUUCCCUGGUGAGCUCAAAUCUGACAUUAGAUUGGAAAAUGACGAAUCUCUCCUGGUUCAAAAUAGUAUCUCCAAGCCCAGCGACUGUUCCGAGACGUCGUCAUCGGAACUGCGAGAUCAGCUGAGCAACGGUAUGGGGCACAGUCUGAUAUUGGCUCCAGGAAACGGAGAGGGUGGCACCCCAAAGUUGGUAAACAACAGAGCGGAUUGCGAGCCGCCUUCUACGAUGGAAGAACCGACUGCAAGGAUUACAGAUGUACAGACUGGGGUUUUAAAAUCUGCGUCGCAGGAUGUGGCGAAGAUAUCCCCACCAACGACGUUGUGUCCGGACAAAACAAGUUUGAAAAGCGCUAAACCAGGGGGGUUGGAUUGUAGUGAUCAUGUUGUAUGCGAGGGACCGCCGAUGGAGAGUGACCCCAGCCCCGCGGGUGAAUCCCGGAGCUUUGAUUCAUUGGAGUCCUUCUCAAAUCUGAAUUCAUGCCCCAGUUCUGACCUCAAUAGUGAAGGAAUGGAGGACAGGGUAUUGGCUAUCGCUUUGCAAAGCGACGAGUAUGGGGCUGAUGAAACAAAAGUAGCGUGUAGCAAGGAUCGGGGCGCCGGCCAAUCUAUUUAUCACAUCAAGUGGAUCAAAUGGAAGGAAGAAAACACGCCUAUCAUUACCCAGAACGAGAACGGACCGUGUCCGUUGCUGGCUAUUAUGAAUGUCCUUUUGCUGGCGUGGAAGGUAAAGAUGCCACCAAUGAUGGAGAUUAUAACUGCUGAACAGCUGAUGGAAUAUUUGGGCGACUACAUUCUCGACGCCAAACCCAAAGAGAUCUCAGAGGCUCAGCGGCUGAACUAUGAGCAGAACAUGAGUGACGCCAUGGCGGUUCUUCACAAGCUUCAGACUGGUCUGGACGUCAACGUGAAGUUCACAGGGGUACGGGUGUUUGAGUACACGCCGGAAUGCAUCGUCUUCGACCUGCUGGACAUCCCGCUCUACCACGGCUGGCUGGUGGACCCUCAGAUGGACGACAUUGUGAGGGCGGUGGGGAACUGCAGCUACAACCAGCUGGUGGAGAAGAUCAUCUCCUGCAAACAGUCUGAGAGCAGUGAGCUGGCAGGGGAAGGUUAUGUGGCAGAGCACUUCCUGAACAGCACAGCCACUCAGCUGACCUAUCACGGGCUGUGUGAGCUGACGUCGAGCGUGCAGGAGGGCGAGCUCUGCGUCUUCUUCAGGAACAACCACUUCAGCACCAUGACCAAAUUCAAGGGCCAACUGUACCUGCUGGUGACAGACCAGGGCUUCCUGACGGAGGAGAAGGUGGUGUGGGAGAGUCUGCACAACGUGGACGGAGACGGAAACUUCUGCGACUCCGAAUUCCGUCUGCGCCCGCCCUCCGACCCUGAGACCGUGUACCGUGGGCAGCAGGACCAGAUCGACCAGGACUACCUGAUGGCCCUGUCCCUUCAGCAGGAGCAGCAGGCUCUGGAGCUCAACUGGGAGCAGGUCCCGGAGGGCAUCAGCGACCUGGAGCUGGCCAAGAAGCUCCAGGAGGAGGAGGACCGGAGGGCCUCGCAGUUCUACCAGGAGCAGGAGGCCGCGGCAGCAGCACAAGCACAGGAACAGCAGCAGCCAGCAGAGGGCGACGCAGAGGCCAGAGCAGCGGAGGCAGCAGCUGCAGCCGGGGCAGCUGGGGCAGCCGGGGCAGCCGGGGCAGCCGGAGCCACGCCCAGCCCGGGGAAGCCGCCCAGCCCCACCGAGCGCAAACAGAAGAAGGAGCUGAAGGACAAAGACAAGUGCGUCCUGUUGUAACGGAGGGGGACGGGGGAGGGACAACGCUGACUCUGUGUUCACCUGACGCCCCACGCACAGCCCCCCUUGGCCGAGAGGACGAUGAAACGAAAGAAAGAAGGAGAGAGAGAGAAACACACGCCGCCUGUGCCUGAUGCGUCCGACGCAUCGUCUUUUUCCCCUUCGUUUUUUAACAAGGAGACGAGAGAGGUGGCUACUACAAACCACUGCAACAUCUUUGAUACAGCUGGCCAAACUUUGCUAUUGUCGCACACUGCACUAUAUUUAUGACCGAGGGUCUUGUGUGUAAGGGGUUAUUAAUAUAUUUAUAACAAAACAAAAAAAAUGACAAAACAAAAAAAAAAACAACAAAAGAAGCUUAAGGUAAAUGGUGUAAAGUCGCACAUUCUCAUCACUACAUGGUUUUCUAAAGACAGCCAUCUUCAUUUUUAUUUUACUAAGUUAAUAAGCUAUUUUAUAUAAAGUUACAUACAGUACAUGUAUUUAGAAGCACCCAUAUGGAUUAAUUUCUCCUUGGUUGUUUUUUUAUUUUUAUCUGUAUUGUACUUAAACACUUAACUCUAUUGAGUCAGUACUUAACUCUGUCCUGAGUACUUGCUUGCCACAAAAGUUUGUUUGUGGCAAAACAAACAGGUCAUUUGAAUAAGGUAAGACAUGGGUUGCCUGAUAGUGAAAAUGUGUGUUGAGAAUGAGGUGUAAUACCCUGGCAUUGUCUUAAGAGUGAUUUUAUGUCUUUUAAAAUGGCUGACGUCUUGCUAGCUAAUGUAUUCAGCUGCUUUUUUUUUUUUUGCUUUUUUUUUGUGGGUCAAAAAAGACUGUUUACAAUUUUGUAUAUCGUAAGGGUUUUGUGUGUGCAUUACCAAUGGCAAGUUAUCUGAAGAUCCCUCACUACAGAAUAUCCAUGUCCUCCAUCCUCGGCCUGCUCUUGCUUUAGGCUGAGAGGGGUUUUGGUGUCCGUUAGACUCCUUUAUGACACGCAUCGAUGUCACCCUUGGUGACUCUAAUCUAGGAGAUCGACUGAACCAGGUUUGCCUUACUUGGACACGUUGCACCACUUUAGUGACCCAAUCGGGAUCCUAUCCUCUAUCCUUUCAGUGUCUUUGUGUGUGUGUGUGUGUGUGUGUGUGUGUGUGCGCCAUUGCUUGUAAGCAUUGCUUAUAAACAUAAGUGUGUGUCUUGGUAGCACUUAAUGGUGGAAUGACGGUGCAGUCAUGAUGAUUUAGUGGUGAUCUGUUCGCAAUCUGGCCAGCCAGGGACAGACAGUUAGGCCUGAGAGGACUGUCUCCAAUGCCUAAUCACUUGUGCAUUGCGUUUGAGAGCCCACGAUGGUUAUUUACUGACUGACCAGCAAGUGAAUGAAACCAUUGUGAAGGCCAUGAAUGGGUGGCAUUUCCUGUAAUGCAGACUGUAGCUGUCUGCCCAAUUCUCCUUCCUCUGGUGCAGUUACUCAUGGUGAAAUGGCCCCCAGUUCCUGCCCCUUUAAAAAGAAAGCAGGGAAUUUGAUGGCUAGCUAUGCCACUUUGUACACCAAGAGGCAAGGCAAGGCGAACCCUUUUAGAUAAGCCUUUCAUCAUCAUGGGCAUGACGUUCAUCAGGUUACCUUCCCUAGCUUCACUUUGAAGGUUUGCUUUUUCCGUGGCUCAGUUUCCGUAAACGUCCCAGCAUCUCACUCUAAUAGAAAGAAGCUAGCGAGCAGCAGUGUGCUACAUCUUAAAUGGUACUGCCUCUUAUUGAGUGUUUAAUAUGUCUCCUUAUCUAUACAUUCCAAACGAUUGCCUUGACUGAAUCUUUCUAGUGGAUCAAACCUAGAGACGCACAUAGAUAGAUGUGAGGGAGUUCACACGUUCAUUACCUGUAGGUUUGUGUUCUCAUUUCACCCGCCUGCUCCUAGCCAGUCUGAGCCCGGAGGCCUAACUGUACUCUGUAUAUAAAAUUAAGCCUUACAACAUAACAGUAUGUUAUUUAAAGACAAAGUAGAUGUGUUAUCAGACUGAGACAAUCUGUAUAAUUCUCAGGCCUUUUCAGAAGGGACUUAGCCUUGAGCGUGUUUUGCAAGCUGUAAUGCGUGUGAUGGCUGCCUUGACAACAGCAUUGUUAGUAUAUCUGUAUAUAUUGUAUUUAUUCCUUAGUUUCACCCUGAAGAUGGCAUUGUAUUCACAUGUGAAGCAAGAGUUAUUUUAUUUGUUUGUUUCUUUAAUUGCUACACGUGGUUAGUUGGAACUAACAUUUUAAGUAGGUUGUGCAUACUGUUAUGGAGAAAAAUUCAGAAGGCUGUUAUACUGAAUACCAUUUCAAUUAUUUUAAAGUCAUACUUUUCGGUUCAAGCUUGCCAAGAACACCGGUUUUUAGAAAUACCUAAAAGCAUGUGUAGAUUAUGGACAACAGUUUAAUAUUAUGAAAGGCUGUCAUUGAACAAUAAUUAUCUUCCCUUACAUCAGUGCAUACAUUAUUUCCCAGUGUAGGUUGUGUUUUACAAUAUUGCUGUGCCCAAAUCAGAUGGGCUUCACAGCUUUACUUUUUUGUUAUUUCAGAUAACCUCUGGUGUUUUCUUUAAUCCAGUCACUUAACACUUAGUACAGGAUAAUACUUUUCCAAAGCAUCUUAUGCACAUGUGCAGAGGUGCAUUUUGUUCAAAACUUGCGGUAUACUAAUAUUGUACAAAAAAGAUUAAGGGUCACUCCAGUAAUUAUGAAGGAUGAAGCUUCAAUAUAUCAUUGAUAGGCACAAAAUUCAGAUGCUGUACAUCUGAAUGCUGUACAAUUACAGUAGCUCACAAAAUAUUGUGUUGUAAUGGUUCAUCUUCAUGAAUUUACUCUAAAUGGAUGGAUCAGCAAUGUUUGUGUGGACUCAGUAAAAAUCAGGUUUUAUAGUGGUCCUUGGUUUUGAGGCAAAUCUGGUAAAAAGACAUAGUUCAGUACAAAGAUGGUCCUUAAAAAUGUAGUGCGUGUAAUUGGUUUUGCACUGUUAUAUGGAUAUGCACUAGAAUAAGAAAAGAAAUACCUCAUUUUAUACAAAAUCGGAAGAUCAACGCUCUAUGCUUGGGUACCCUGAAAGGAGCAGAGCUAGAAACGGGGGUCAUGAGAACACUCAUGGGGAAAGCCUGCUUCAGUGUGCUGCUGGAGACAUUACAGCAGUGGUCCUCGCUCCAGGUCCUGGAGAGCCACAAGGUGUGCUGGUGUCUGUUGUUACUCCGCACACAACUGUAAUUAACUGCUUUUGAUUUAUCAAUCAAGUUCAAUAGGAAAACAUUUUGCUACGGUUCUGGGUUGAACGAUAGGUUUCCUCCCAACGGCGUGCACCAGGCUUUGAGGUACGUUUGCUCCCAUUUGGUGGGUGUGGCCCGAAUCAGUAAUGAGAGAUGCCUACGCUCUAAAGCCUGAACUGCCUUUUCAGAUGCAGUUCAGCAAACUGUACCUACUGUUUGCAACACGGUGGUCAACACACCGGUUUCCGUAACGUUUUGUCAGGGCUGGGUUCUUAGGUCUGAAUUGGUUGCUGAUAUUAAGGCGGAAAUAUAAAAAAUAAAACAAAGCACACACUGUGGCUCUGCAGGAUCAGGAGAGAGGACCACUGCAUGAUAUUAAUUAAUAGCCUGCAUAUACACACUCAUAAAAAGGGUUUAAGGACUGAAUUUUGAGAAGACCCACAGUAUAGAUGUAUGCACCGCAUUUAACCAUUUAAAAAUGGUACAUGAGUUUUAAUGCAAAGACCAUCAAUUCCCCUUUUGAAACAUUUAAAAUGCCCAAGGUUAGUUUUAGUCUUAAAUUGUUCAGUGCAUUUUGACACGAAUCACCCCCAAUGAUACUUUUUACCAUUUUAUGUAAUGCAUGAAUCUUUAGUACUGAAUGUAACAUUGGGAUAACGAGUACUUGUCACCCCAUGACCAUCUUCCAACCUGUGUACAAAGCAACAUUUUAACUGCUGAUGAAGGACAGUCAUCAAACCUGGGAUGCUCUGGAGACAUAAGGUCAUCAUUUGAAAGGGUUAAAAUUUCUACCUAUGUACAUGUGACCAAAUAAUGUAUGUAGCCUUCAUUAGUUUGUUACAGAAAAUAUUGAUGCCGGUCAUUAUUCAGAUUCUUUAUUUAUUUUUUCUUCCCUCCAACUUGCAUUUUAACGUUUGUUAUGAAAUGCCUCAGACGUGGGACAUUUAGCCUGAUAACAUUAAAAUACCUAGACAAGUUUG